AUGGCGCCGUCCUCAAAGAACGCGAAACCUGCACCUUAUGGGCAUCGCUUUUCUGUAUCAAAGAUUGAAGAUAUUUUGCCGGAGCUCUCAACAGCCCACAAAGAAAAGGUUUGCAUUGUGUCCUUCAUCGGGAAAACUACGUUGAAGGGAAGCUGCGUCAAAGCAAGCCUCAUCGAUGAUGUUUUGGGCAAUAACGUGCUCGAGCCUGAGCUGGGAGUCGAAGACGACACUGGAACUGAUGAUUUUCGAAUCGAAGGAUUCUACCACCGCGAAACACGGGUCAUUUUCCUUUAUUGCAUUGGGAUGUUUGAUACGGCCUGCUUGGUCCAAGCGUGCCGGAGACUGGAGGGAGACUUACACGAAAAAAGCUUCCUAGAAGUCUGGAAUGACUUCCACUGCACAGUUGCCCAGACAAUGUUGUACCUGUUUCACCUGUCGCACCUUGUUGUGAUUGUACACCCCACUUCAACACUUGAUGUGAGCUAUGUGCACCUGUUUCGAACCUUGGACAACAUCAGGGUCAACUGCCAACAAGACGUGUCGGAUGCAUUGAAGUCAUGUCCAGUGUCUUCAGAAUGGAUACAGAAUGGUCGCCCCUGCUCGCCGAGAGUGCUGUUUGUGUUCUUGACCUGCCCUUUGGAAGGGAGCACCUCUGAGCUACUCGAUGUCAGAGUGAAGACCAAGCCAUCGAAACUGUCUCCUAUCAAGAAGCUGGAGCAUUCCUUGGAAGACCAAGUUUACAGAAUCCUUAGGAAGAGUAGAGUCAUUACCAACAUCAGUGGCAACUCACUUUUUGCUGUGCCUGCCAACCAGGAGUUUGUCUAUGUCCGAACUGUGACCUCCGUGCGCGAAGAUAUGGUUGACUUCUUUCUGCAGAAGCUGAAGGACUUCUGCUCUCCUGACUAUGACGAUGCACUUUCAGAGGAUUUUCUUUCUCUUUCACUGGGUAGUGCCGACGAAGCAUCCUCGCAGGAGCACUCCUUUCCAGCUUUCCUCUGGCAGCACAUUGAGAUGGCUCUGUCCAAAGGCUUUGACGACAAUGUUGGGAGGCACCCAGUUCCUGCUGAUUUUGAGCUUCCCACCGUGUCAGCCUGGUUCAAGGUUGCUACGAAGCUUCGAGACUUCUUCCUCUCCCCAACCUCCAUGGCAGGCUCAAGCAUGGUAUCGUCUCUGAAGGCGUCACUUGACAUUGAUGUUCGUUUUUCAGAAGGGCGGUGUGGCAAGGUCCUUCCUUUGGCAACGUCAGCGUACCAAGAAGGGCUACCCACUCACUACACUGCUGAGUAUCACGAGAGGAAGUUGGCACGAGCUUUCCAGAUGUUUAGCACGCAUGCAAGGGGCCCUGCGUUCCAGCGGUAUGCACAGCAGCUGAAGGAGGACUGUGACCUUGUCUGGAAGUCAGGCCGCCAGAUGUGCGAAGUGCUCAGUCUGACGGGCAAUCAUUGCAUCAAUCCUGUUCACAGAACUCCUGAGAAUGCAGAUGAAGUGAGAAUAGAGGAGUGCCCUCUGCUGAUGCCCCAUCGAAGCCAAAUGGUGUUGGUUUCAACCUGCAACUGUGGACGGCAGCAGAGCACACGGGAAGACCCUUUCAUUCUCAAGGCUGCCAAUUAUGACUUCUAUCUGAGAGUCAGUGCUGACUGCUGCGCUGUCCUGGAGCGAAUCAACUUCCCAGCCUUUGAGCCGAGCACUGCUGACCAGGAACAGGCUGCAGCGGAUGAAAGCGAAGCGCCUCAUGUCGAGCUUGAGCCUCCGAGAUCACGGAGUAGAGCGAAAAGCCUGUCGCACAGUGAAUCCAGCUCGCGAAGUGCCUCACCGCUCUCGGAGUCAGACUUCAGCUCGCAGUCACCAGUCUCUAGCAAUGACUCAGAUUCUGCAUCCUCUGAUCAUGAUGACAGCGACAAAAGUAUAUCAUUGUCAGACGCUCAAACACAGCAAACGGAUGACCCUGAUGAUGAUGAUGCAGCCAAGGCUGCCUUGGUGCCAUCCAACACGGAGUAUCUCCCGGGAAUGUUGCAUUCACUCAGUCCCCCGGGUCUCCUUCCUAGCUAUAGUGCGUGGUCUCUAGUCUGCCUUGGGCCAUCGAGUCUCUACUCGCAUAAUAUAGGCAUUCAGGACCAGCCAGGAUUUGUGGCUGGCACCAACUUCCUGCUGCCCUGGGAUGUGGCUGUCAAAGUGGACAAAGACCGCUGGCCUUCUCUUUGGGAGGGCAAGAGGGCCCAGACAUGGAAGGGCAAGAAGAACGCCAAAGGGGAUGGUAUGCAGUUCACCGUGAAGGUGUUCAUUGGGGUGGAAUACGAAUGCCACCACGGCCACAGGUUCAUGUGCUCUUCGCCCGAAAGGAUGCUGCGUACCACUAGCACUGGCCUAGUUAAGGACAAUGCCAACAAGAUAGCCAACAGUCACAUGCCUCUAUAUUUUCCUUGUCUGUGCCGAUCUGCCAAGCCGCAGGUGGCGCAGCUGAUGCGGCUGCACAUAGUGACGCCCAAGGCUCCCGUACACGUGACCUUGAACCCUCGAGUGCAGCCAGGUCCUUCUGCGCCCGUCUUUUUCCCGGGCAACAAGGAGCCUGUCAAAUUGUCGCAGUCAGCCUACUGGGUGUUGCGGCUUCCAUUUGUAUAUGAAGGAGAUGCAGGGCCUUAUCUGCCACCCAGGGAUGGUGCUCCCUGCGAAGGAGCUCGGCUGCUGAGCGGUUGCUAUGGCAUUGUUGAGCAAACACCCAUCCGGUGAAUAUAGGCUUUGGUUGUAUCAUUUUACUGUUUUUGGACACCUCACUUGUGCUUCAUUUUGAGAUGUGUAAGGAGAAUGUCCCAUGUGUGAUUGAUUUGUGUGUGUGUAUAAUUGUACAUAUGAAAAUAAAACUGUCACUGGAAGCAUA